AGUGGGAAAAUUCAUUUACAGGGAAUCGAUUAUGUGAUGAGCGUGAGAUUCCACAAGUAAUAUGCGCAACUCUGUGGAUUGCCCUAUUUUUUUUCUUCCUUUCUCCUUUCUGUUUCCUUAUUCAUUGUGCGCCCUAUGAAGAGCAUUAACUAUCCCUCCCUCCAAUCCUAUUGAAAAGGAUCCGAAAAAAAACAGAGGGAGAUGAGAGCAGCAAAUCCCUUUUUUAUUCCCCUCGUAGCGCUCAAUAAGAGAAGAAUGUGUUGCCUAUCAGUCACCGAGGGGAUCAAGUCUUCGGGACUGUCCCACGCGUUCAAUGCGCCGUGCAGAGCAUCACUGAGAGAGACAGAGUGAAGAGGACUGCAGCAGCAGUAGCAUCCUGCCUGGACACUUCACAUCAUUUAGCAACCUGUCUCCACUCAACAUCCAUUUAAGUCAAUUAGGGCUGUCUGCUUCUCUUUCAAGUGCUGUGACACGAUGAGGAGUCUGGCGCUGCUGUUAGGGGUGAAAGCCGCCUGCAUCUUGCUGGUGUCUUCGCUCUCAGGCACUGGGGCCGUCAACAACAGCGGCCGGUGGUGGGGUAUUGUCAAUGUGGCCUCCUCAUCCAACCUCCUAACCAAUUCCAAGAACGUGCAGUUGGUCCUGGACCCAAGCCUGGCCCUACUGAGUCGUCGCCAGCGCCGGCUGAUUCGGCAGAAUCCUGGCAUCUUGCAUGCCAUCGCCGCUGGGCUGCACACCGCCAUAAAGGAGUGCAAGUGGCAGUUCCGCAACCGCCGCUGGAACUGCCCGACCACCCACAGCCCAGCAGUUUUUGGGAAAAUUGUCAAUCGUGGUUGCCGAGAGACAGCAUUUGUAUUUGCCAUUACCAGCGCAGGGGUGACCCACGCUGUGGCUCGCUCCUGCUCAGAAGGAGCCAUUGAGUCGUGCACAUGCGAUUACCGGCGCAGAGGUCCUGGAGGGCCAGACUGGCACUGGGGGGGCUGCAGUGACAAUGUGGACUUUGGCCGGAUGUUCAGUCGUGAGUUUGUGGACUCCAGCGAGAGGGGCAGGGAUCUGCGCUACCUCACCAACCUACACAAUAACGAGGCUGGCAGAAUGACUGUGUCAUCAGAGAUGCGUCAGGAGUGUAAGUGCCACGGCAUGUCAGGCUCCUGCACCGUGCGCACCUGUUGGAUGCGCCUGCCCAGCUUCCGCACAGUGGGAGACUUCCUUAAGGACCGCUUUGAUGGUGCAUCCAGAGUUGUUUAUGCCAACAAGGGAAGCAACCGCGCUUCUCACCGAGCCGACCCCCGACAUCUGGAGCCUGAAAACCCGGCUCACAAACCACCCUCUGCUAUGGACCUGGUCUAUUUUGAGAAAUCACCAAACUUCUGCUCCUACAAUGGAAAAACUGGCACUUUGGGAACUUCUGGGAGAACAUGCAACAGCUCUUCUCCAGGCCUGGAUGGAUGUGAGCUGCUCUGCUGUGGACGUGGGUUUAAGACCCGGACUGAGAGUGUGACUGAACGUUGCCACUGCACCUUCCACUGGUGCUGUCAUGUCAGCUGCUUGAACUGCACCAGUACACGAACGUUGCACCAGUGUCUAUGAUCACAGGUGGACACCAAGUGAAUAUAUAGGCAUAUAUUAAAGGCAACGAAGAACUUCUUAGCAAAAUAGGUAGUUUGCUGAGAAAGCCACUAGUACACAGGUGGUUUGAGAUGUUAGGUAGAAGCUAGAAAAGCUUCAAGGCGGGUAAACUGAUACAGGGAGCUCUCUGGCACAAAAUCUCAAUCAGUGUUUUAGAAAGAGGGAGAUGGAGAGAAGUACAAAUAUAUGAACAGGGUACAGAGGGAGUAUAUGUAUUUGCUCCUUGCCUAUGAUGCUUAACAGUUUUAAGAGGGUAUUUAAACACUACAACCAUCCAUGUAGAAUGGAAGCCAUCCACAUCCCUCAAGUGUUUGAACUGAGGAUGAAUAAAAAUAAGAAGUAAAGGGAUGAAACGAUGUGGUGCAGAAUCGAUUGCUGUAACUGGGUACCACUAGAGCCGUCUUCUCCCCCACUGAGGGCAGAGACUGGACACAAUGUUUCACAGAUGUUUCUGUGGCCAGAGAGCCACAAACAUGUGCUCUCAUAAACUGGUGAAGACCUCUAACAAGAGGGGAGUUAUUUAAAAAAAAUCUGUUUUGUUCUGCUUUGCUGAAGUUUGGCUUCUCUCACAUGAAAUUGUGUGAAGUUUAUCUCCAGGGAUGGGCUGUCUGUUCCCAACUUGUGUACUUAGGCCCUGGAUGCAGCCCAACCACUUAUAAUUUCCUCACCACAUUUGCCCUUUUUGUUUAGAUUUCUCCUGAGUUGAAUACACCUCACUCCUGAUUUGCCACUCUCACACUGACCACAGGAUGGUCCUGAUGUUACACGACUGGGACCGGUGCUUGCCAAGGAAAACAGAAACUGACAGAACAAAUCUUACUGAGGCAACUAAAUUUGAAUGUAUUAUCAAUACACUGAAUAUUAAAGCAUGAUUAGUGGUAGUUUGGCAAAUCUGAGGUGUUAAUAUUUAAAAAAAAAUAAAUAAAUAAAAGUGACCUGCAGAAUCUCACCAUGCUCUCAAAAUGAAAUGUCACUUUGAGACGUACAUUAAAGCAACAAAAAAGACACAAAAUUCCUGUUAAUUCAUUAGUGUAGCAUUAAACUGGUUUAAAGUAGGCAGAUGUGUAUUACUUCAGGCUAGGCUGUAAAAAAAAAAAGCAGAUAC